AUGGAUCAAUUAAAAGGACUGUAUGAUUACAAUAAUAAUUGGGUAGGUGAUAAUAUUAUUGAUAAGGAAAUCAAAUAUAUCGUAGAUGAAAAUAAAAGUACGAAAGUUGUUGUUGUUGUUACACAUCCCGCUACUAUGUAUUCUGCUAAUAUCCUGGUGAAUAAGCCAGAUGUUAAUAUAAAUGAUGAAAAAAAAUUAGUAAUCCUAAAUUUGAUGACAAAUUUCAGCAAUUUGGAUGAUUGUGCAAAAAUUUGCGACAGAAUUACAACAUUGCUUAUAUUGAAUGAUGUUAAAAUUUUGAAAUGUAAAUGA